AUGGGCCAAGUUCACUCGUUGUACAAUGGCCUUUUCUCUCUCAGUCAAUGGUCCAUUCUCAGUGUUCGCCGACUACUAUUUGGUGGAAACGAGCUGCUACUGGAAGGGUUAAAAUCAGAAGAAACUACUGUGUACCUUCCCGAAGCAACUUUUCAAUCACUUCCUGUCGAGAUAAUUCUUCAUAUUUUCUCACAUUUGGAGCUCAAACCAUACCUCUUCUCUCGCGGUGUAUGCAAAGAAUGGCAGCGCCUUCUCCCACUCGCUGAUAUCCAUCCAGCACGGUGCCGUUUGAUUGAUCUGUAUUUGAAGAUGGUUAACACACCAAAUUUCAUCGACACUCGUACAUGGAUAAUUGACAAUCUCCAGCCGUUCGACCGACAUGCGUACAUUGACACCCUCCUUUCGCAAUAUCCAGCAGUUCCUGAAGAGUUCCGAAUUUGGCUUCUAGAGUGGCCAGAAAGGGCUACUGUGAAUUGUAUCUGGCCUGGUCUGCCACUCGUAUCGUGCACCGACUUCAGACCCAGUAGACGGUGUGGCGCUAACUGGGUGGCGUACAACAGGCAUUCUCCUCAGCUUCUUGCCCCAGUUUAUAGGCAGCAUACCCCCUUUGCCAAGUUUGUCCCCGGUCUUUUAAUUUGGAGGCAAGGUAGCUCAACAGAGUGGCUCAUCUUCGACAAAGACGAACCUGAACUCUUCGGUCGUGUCUAUGUCACCGAUCGGUUGGAAAAUGAAAAACCGGCGGUCAUUCCACACGAGCGACAAAAAAUCCCUGAUGACGACGAUGACGAGCCCAUCUCUGGAUCCGAGGAUGAAGACGGUGAGUUCCGAGAAGAGUUCUCUUCUGGACUUAUGCUAACCGACGACGUGGAUUCAGAAGGCUACCUCAAUGUACCAUAUCUCGAUUGGAUUAGCUUUUUGGAGCGUUGCUGGGAUAAAAAUGCCCGCACGCUUCAAUAUCAUAAGGUGCAUGGUUAUCUAAAAGACCUUGCUAUAACUGAAUCCGAUAUGGGUCCGGAAUUCAACUCGUUUUAUGAAACUAGACUCCCCGCUUUUCCGUGGAUCGCACGGGAGUCAUUUACAGAGUAUCUCUUGAAGAAAUAG